ACCAGCAUGCCUUUCCCAUCUCUACGCCAUACCACAAAGGCAGCAUCCAAUAACAUCUCUCUUUUGCGACGGUACAUCUCAACUCACGAGCUCAGUCAUAACUGGUACAAGCCAAAAACACAAACACAUGUUGCCCCGAUAGUCAUUUUACAUGGCUUGUUUGGGUCUAAGCAAAACUGGAGAUCACUCUCAAAGUCCCUGUCAAAUCGACUCGGAACGGAUGUCAUACCUGUUGACUUGCGGAAUCAUGGCGAGUCGUUUCAUCAUCCUGUCCAUGAUUAUCCGGCCAUGGCUGCGGAUUUGAACGAGUUUCUUCGAUCCCACCAACUGGAUAACGUGAACUUGAUUGGUCAUUCCAUGGGGGGAAAAGUUGCGAUGCAUUACGCACUAUCUCAUCCCGAACGUCUGGACCACCUCAUCGUGGUGGACAUGUCCCCAACAAAUAGAAACUUGACUAGCGAGUUUGGAUCUUACAUUAAGGCAAUGCAUCAAGUUGAGAAAGCUAAUGUGAAGAAUCAGUCGGAGGCGGAUAAGAUCCUUGCUGAAUCGAUCAAUUCUUUACCAAUCCGCCAGUUCAUUCUUACAAAUCUUAAAAAAGCGCCGGGCGAAAGUAUCAUGAAGUUCCGUAUCAACCUCCAGGCCCUUGAACAGUCUUUGGAAAAGUUGUGGGAGUUCCCUUAUGAAGGCACCGGCAAAACCUACGAUGGUCCGGCGCUUUUUAUUGCUGGAGCUAGAGCGGGUUAUAUAACGCAGUCAACACACCCUGUCAUUAAAACUUACUUUCCUAAUGCGGAAAUAACGUCGUUAGAUACUGGUCAUUGGGUACAUUCGGAAAAGCCGGAUGACUUUGUUUCUCUAGUAACUUCAUUUUUAACCACUGGGCAACAUUGAUUUAUAGACUUUGAUUGGCAUUUUUUUGACAAGGAUUUUUGCAUGUAGCUUGCUUGUCUUGCAUUGGUUAGGACAUUUAUUUUUAUUAUAUUGCGGUAGUUUUUUGGUGUCAGCAAUACUAGUGCUGAACACCAAGAUGGGGAGACUCAGUGUCUGUGAUUUCAAUACGACCAGAUUAGCUGGGAGUAUCCAGAAAUUUGAUCUCAUGUGUAUCUUCGAUGGGCAAUUCCGAUCAACGUUUUGUAUCAACCACAUAUUUACUGGAAAUAAAAGUAUGUACAGGUGAAAGGGCCUUGCG